AUGUUUUACCUCAUUUAUAUGGAAAAUCAACUAGAUAACCUAGACAAUGUAUUAUUAACAAUUAUGGAUCAAUUUGCUAUCGAUGGAAAGUAUAAACUAAAAAAUAACCAAGGGUAUGUAAAAGUUUAUACUAUAAAUUCGUUAAAAUAUAUUCCGUUAAAUCAGUUUAUAAAAAUAGCAGAAGAAAUAAUGAAAAUAAGGAUUCCAUUACACCUAAAUGAUUAUGUAUAUUCAAAAUUUUAUAUAGAAGAUAUAAAUAACUUUAUUCCGGAAGUAUCAAAAGCGAUAUGUACAAACUUUCUAGAUAGUAAAAUUUUUAAUCAAAUUAAGAAGUAUUGUUUAGAAAAUGGAGCUACACAAAUAACCGAUCAAACAACACAAGUUAAAAAGUCUAUAUUUGAAAUGAACGAAUUUGAUUUGUAUAAAAGCAUCAUUGAAGAUGAUGAUUUUUUAUCAAAAGAGUUCAGUAAAAGUAGACAGAAUAACAACCAGAGAUUAAUAGAAGGCAUCAAAUCAAAUAAUACUGAAAAUUCAAAUUCAAAAAAUUAUCAAAAUCAUUAUGAAGAUUCAAACGAUACGACGAUGAGAGAAGAUAAUUAUAAUUAUAACACUAUAAACUCAGUUGAUGUAUUUAGUAUGAACCCGACCGAAGUAUUUAAAAUAAACCAAUCAGAUAUAUUUAGCAUGAACCCAUAUGAUCAUUUACAAAGUAACACAUCAUUUAAUAAUAUGAAUGUAAGAGGAAACGGUAAACCAAGGGGAAAACAAAUGAACAUUUCUAAAGAAGAAUUAGCGGAAAGACAAUUUCCAUGUAACUAUCCUGGUUGUCAAAGAGCAUUUAAAAGAUUUGAACAUUUAAAAAGACAUAUUAAAAUGCAUACGGGUGAAAAACCUUUUAAAUGCACUUUUCCAAACUGUUCAAGGGGAUUUUCAAGAUCAGAUAAUUUAAAUGCACAUUAUAAAACACACAUCGGUGUUAAAGGAGGAAUUAAAAAAAUUAAAAAUAGAAUUUCAAACAAAAAAAGAUUCUCACAUAAAAAUUGA